UUUCCAUCUCUCAUUUUACCAUGACACCCCUUGUUCUGAAUGUCCAGAGAGUACAUAAGUGUGUUGAAAUGAGCCUUGAAAUAUUCAUCUUCCCAUCGUCUUAAGGAAAAGAUCAACCAUGAGACUUUACUUGGCAAUCAUUCUAGCUAUUUCUUUUCUGGAGAACUUCAAAGUCCUUAUUAUCAGAGGAACCUUAGGGAGUCAACCUCUGGCAGUUAACUCCUGUUUAAGCCUGCAUACAGAAGAAAUAAACAUUAAACAACUUGAACAUUACGAAAAACAUGAACAUCCCAGAAAAGUUGUAAUUUUAAUUACCAGAAGAGGAGUCAAGAUCUGUGUGCCACAUGAUGCUCCCUGGGUGAAUAAUGCCAUCAGAAAAUUGAACAAAAAAAAGCGUAAAACAAGAGACUUAAAAAACCUACGUAAAGCUAAUAACUGGACAAACAGAACAACUACAUAAUGUUUGCAAAUUACUUACAGGAAAUAAAAAUUCAAAACCAUUAAAAAUUUUACUGGAAUAAA